GCGGGGUCUGAGCGAAAGACCGGAAGUUGUCAAGAGGAGCGAAGAAGAAGGGACAAACCGUUAGCAAGCUAGCUACUGCUGGGAAGUAGCGACAAAAUCUUCAGUGUCACAAUGAGUUAUGCUGAGAAGCCGGAGGACAUAACAAGGGAGGAGUGGAUGGAUAAACUCAACAACGUCCACAUUCAGAGAGCCGAUAUGAACAGACUCAUUAUGAACUACUUGGUGACAGAGGGUUUUAAGGAGGCAGCGGAGAAGUUCAGGAUGGAGUCUGGAAUAGAGCCCAGUGUGGACUUGGAUUCUCUCGAUGAACGGAUUAAGAUCAGAGAAAUGAUCUUGAAGGGACAGAUCCAGGAUGCUAUUGCGUUAAUCAACAGUCUGCACCCAGAACUGCUGGACACAAACCGUUACCUCUACUUUCACCUACAGCAACAGCAUCUUAUUGAGCUUAUUCGUUUGAGGGAGACAGAAGCCGCUCUUGAAUUUGCACAAUCUCAGUUAGCUGAGCAAGGGGAGGAGAGCCGAGAAUGUCUGACUGAGAUGGAGAGGACGCUGGCCCUACUGGCAUUUGACAACCCGGAGGAGUCACCUUUUGGAGAUCUGCUCAAUAUGAUGCAGAGGCAAAAGGUGUGGAGUGAAGUGAAUCAGUGUGUGCUAGACUACGAAAACAGAGAAUCAACACCCAAGCUGGCCAAGCUCCUGAAGCUACUGCUUUGGGCUCAAAAUGAACUUGACCAAAAGAAAGUGAAGUAUCCCAAAAUGACUGACCUCAGCAAGGGAACAAUUGAAGACCCCAAAUGAGGACCCAGAGUGAAAAAGUACCACAGCAUUACAAAACGGACACAUUUCCUUUACCUAUUUAUACCCCCAGGAAAUUGACUCAUAGAGUACAACCUUUUCUUUUUUGUAAGGGUUGCUUUUUGAUACUUUAUUAACUCAGAAUGUGCAGAACACCGGAGUGAUGGCAUUUUCAAAGUGACUUCUCACACUAAAGUAACAUGCAGACCAUUGUUUCACUUGGUAUUUUAAUUUACAUAUUUGUUUAUGUAAAAUUAGUAUAUUUCAUUUACACUAGUUUUUCUGUCUGUUGGCAGGGAAAGUUGUUGGCAUAAGAGGGUGUGAAUAAAGCCUAAAUUAGGCUGUCACUUUCUAUGUGUGACCACUUAGACGGGGCAAAGUUUGAUCAGGGAAAAUGCUUGGCUCAGUGUUUACUGCUUAAAAUCUAUUUCUUCCCUACAAAACAUAGACAUUUAAGAUAAUAUUCUUUCAGCUAGUACUAUUACUUGACAGAAAUAGUCUAUAACAAGAUUCUUGGGGGUGUUUCAGGCUACUGUGAAACAUAAAUUCAACUUUAGAUUCAUGCUGCAUUAUUGCUUGAGACGUUACGUUAUGGUUGUAGCUGGGCGGGGAAAAAAAAGAUAACUGAAAUGCUACAAACCUUUUGGCGGACUGUGCAAGCUUAAAGUCAGCCUCACUUUCAUAGUGUUUUAAGAUAUGGAUAUGCAGAUGGUCUUUAAAGAUGUGAAAUGUUUACUCUGUGUCCACGGACAACGGAGGCACCUACAGACAGAUUUACAUUUAUGAAACAUGUAGCUGUUUUGCAAGAAUUGAUGUGCUUGUUUUUUUUUUUGGGCUGAUUGAUUAUUUUGCAAUAAAAGUGACUUUUUAAA